AUGGCCAGUCAAAACACCCUUUUCCGCAACUACAAGGCCCUGCUGUUCGACUGCUACGGCACACUGAUCGACUGGGAGCGCGGCAUGCUUGACACGCCCUCUGUGCGCUCACUGCUCUCGCAAGACGGCGCGCCAGACGAACAGGGCAUCCUCACAGCCUUCAAUCCCAACGAGGUACGCGUGCAGGCAGCCACUCCUGGGAUCGUGUAUGACGAUGUCCUCACCCAAGCGUUCAGCGACACUGCGCGUGAUCUCGGCCUCUCUGCUACAGGGGAGGAAGCGCGCGCAUUCGGGAACAGCGUGCCGUCCUGGCCGGCGUUUGCUGAUUCGGCCGACGCGUUGAGGCGUCUUAGCGAGAUGGGCCUCAAACUCGUCAUCCUAAGUAAUGUCCACAAUGCCGGGUUUGCCGAGACGCGCAAGAAGCUCGAGAAGGGGUUUACCUUUGACCAGGUGUUCACGGCCCAGGAUAUCGGCUCAUACAAGCCUGACCAGCGCAACUUUGAGUACGCAAUCCGCAGGCUCAAAGAGCUUUAUGGCAUCGAGCGGGACGAAAUCCUCGUCACUGCCAACUCGAAGCUGCACGACCAUGAGCCUGGGCACAUCGCUGGCCUCAAGGGCGCGUGGAUCAGCCGGGCUGGCGCAAACAUGGGCGUUAGGAAUCUGGACCACAUCGUGCCAGACUGGGAGUAUCCCACCAUGAAGGACUUUGCCGACGCCAUGGAGAAGGCAAGGGCACAGUAG